AUGCUACAACUGUGGAUACUGACAAUCAUUUCUUGCGUUGCGGAAUUUGGAGCAUCAGAACGUCAAAAGGAUCCUGGCAUCUUCCUUAGUGGG